GGGCCCAGGCGGAAGCGCGGUCCUCACGACCCAGAGUUGCGAGUCCGGAGUAGGCACUACACCCUUUACCCUACCGGCGUGUUCGCCCGCCAAUGGCGGUGCAGGCGCUGCAGAGCUCGGGCGUGGGCCUGCGCAGGAUUCUGGCUCACUUCCCCGAGGACCUGAGCCUGGCCUUCGCCUACGGCUCCGCAGUGUACCGCCAGGCGGGACCCAGUGCACACCAGGAGAAUCCCAUGCUGGACUUGGUGUUCACAGUAGAUGACCCUGUCGCCUGGCACGAAAAGAACCUGAAGAAGAAUUGGAGCCACUACUCCUUCCUCAAACUCUUGGGGCCCAGGAUCAUCUCUUUGGUCCAGAAUAACUAUGGCGCUGGGGUCUACUUCAACCCGCUGAUCAUGUGUGAUGGGAAGCUUAUCAAAUAUGGGGUUAUUAGCACUGGCACCCUAAUUGAUGACCUCCUAAACUGGAAUAAUCUGUACAUCGCUGGACGCCUCCAAAAGCCGGUGAAGAUUGUGUCGAUGAAUGAGAAUGUGGUGCUUAGAUCAGCCCUGGAUAAGAACCUGAAGAGUGCGGUGACCACCGCUUGCCUCAUGCUCCCGGAAAGCUUCUCCGAGGAAGACCUCUUCAUAGAGAUUGCUGGACUCUCCUACUCAGGUGACUUUCGAAUGGUGAUUGGUGAGGAAAAAGCGAAAGUCUUGAACAUCGUGAAGCCCAAUGUAGCCCAUUUCCGAGAGCUCUAUGGGAACAUAUUGCAGGAGGACCCCCAGGUGGUGUAUAAAAUGCAACAAGGCCGGCUAGAGAUAGAUAAAAGCCCAGAAGGACAGUUCACUCAGCUAAUGACAUUGCCCAGAACCUUACAGCAGCAAAUCAAUCAUAUCAUGGACCCUCCUGGGAGAAACAGAGAUGUGGAAGAAAUCUUACUGCAAGUGGCUCAAGACCCUGACUGUGGUGAUGUGGUGCGCCUAGGGGUCUCGUCAAUCGUCAGACCGUCAAGCAUCAGUCAGAGCACCAAAGGUCUUUUUACUGCUGAUGCUCAGGAUAUGAAAGUGGGCAUUGGCCAUCUUGCAUCCUGACCCGGAAAGGGAGACAGACACGAGUUAAUGGAAAUGGAACAGAAGUAGCUCCCAAACCGAGUGACCUUUCACCUUGGGUCUGAGACUUUCCUAGAGCUGGUGUGGCCUGAUGCCUUAGCUGCUGAAUGCUGGAAUUUCUGUUUACCUCAGUUUGUGUGUUGGAGCUGGGGGAUUUUAAAAGAACCUUCACUGGACUUCUUUGGCCAAUGAGAAGCUUCACUGCUCCACAUACAUACGCAGCAUGGUAGAACUAAACUGUUUAUAACUUAAAAUGCUUUGGCACUGUGGACCCAAAAGAUGGAGAAACUGAAGUAUUUUAUUCUAUUAUGUGCCUGAUUUUAAUAAAAGUAACUUCAGUUGUGGCACUUCUUACUGA